AUGACUAAAGUUGGCGAACCAUCUUCUGGAGGCUUCAGCCUGAAACUGAUCCUACAGAAACAUGAGGAGCAGCUAAUGGAUUUUGACCAGAACAUAUGCUUAUUAUGCAAGAGAAGGUUUAAAACUGGUGAUCAAAUCAAGAGGCACCGAAGUCUUUCAAAAUUACACACUUCAAGACUAAAAAGACUGAGGCAACGCCUCUUCAGUGAAGAUCAACUCGACAGGAUCGAACGCAAAGAACGCGAAGCCCUCUACAGAGAUCGAGCUAAAGAGAGACGGCUCAAAUAUGGGCAAACAGAUCGGGUCACAACGAUAGAUUCCAUCUAUUCGGGAUCAAAUGAGAAGUCUUUGAUUAAUCCCACUCCAAAGCUCGAGUCCGAACCGAUAGGUCGUGCUAAUAAAGGGGCUGCUUUAAUGACCAAGAUGGGCUGGCGUGAAGGCAUAGGAUUAGGUAGAUGUAAUGAGGGUAUUACAGAUAUAAUCAAGCUCGACAGCCAAGUAGGUACUUCAGGUUUGGGUUCCAAAGUUCACAAGGUUGACCCCAAUCUCUCCUAUAAGGAUGCUGUAAAGAAAAUCAUGUAUGAGAGAUAUUACGAACUAUCCUCAGAUGAAGAAAAGAAUUGA